UCGACUGUACCUGGUACACCUGCUGCGUCCUUCCUAGGCCUUCUUGUUCAGUGCUCCGCUCUCCGGAGCCAUUCCCAUCGAUGUUCAUAUUGCAACGCGUACGUUAGCUACGAGUGGAGUGGAGUGCAGUGGAGUGGAGUGGAGUGCAGUGCAGUGCAGUGAAGUGCAGCGCAGUGCGCCGGGCUGGGCCUCUCUCACUGUCUCUCUCUCUCUCUCUCGCCGCUUCUGUGUGUGCGCCGAACAUUGUGAAUUUGCUCUCGUUGCGUUUAUGUUUGCUGCUAUGCUACCUCUCACUUCAUUCCUGUUUUUCGAAUUCCGCUAUCGCCUCCCGUAGCCAGCAGCAGCAGCAGCACAGGCAGCAGCAGGAGGAGGAAGAGGCAGCAGGCCAGCAGGCAGGCAGACAGCAGGCAGGCCAGCAGCAGCAGCUGCUGCUGCAAAUUUCUCUUAUAUAAAGGAAGCAGCCCUAGGGGCCGGGAGUUCAUUCACUAUUUAGGAACUCGGUCUCGACCUCAAACCUCGGUAUGAUCCGCAUCCCACCGCACCAUGAAGCACUCGCUCGUCGCGUGGGCUGCGGGACCUUGUGCUGCUGGAGGAGGUCGAUGCCGCUGAGGUCGGGACGCACUCAUGCCAUUCACGUAGCCCCAUCCCAGAGCUUGUGAUCUCGCGCUGCAGCAGCCGGUUUGAACAUGGCAGGGUCUUAAGGUCAUGAGCGUAUAUGAUCCCCGAGGACUUGCGGAAUUUUCCAGGAAGAAGGGGCCUGGAUGUGAAACGAAGGCCCGGCGAUCUGCAGAUAAGGGAAGCGCAGCAAUUUGCUGAGUAUGGGUGAGGGACAGUCGUUAGUCACAGAAGCGGGCGAAGAAGCUAGAGGCACCGGACUCAUUCCCACAGACAAAGCCAUCAGGGUAGGGGUUCAGCUCAAGUACGAACAAGGCCACGGAUCCUCCGCCUCCCUAGACAUCUCCAUCUGCAAAUUAUAGGAUGCGCCCGAGCUCUCGAGCAUUUCGUCCACAGGUUUAGAGACUCUCGUCGAUCCCAGGCGACGGGUUUAUUUUUCUAGCUCAGACGAAGACGUCGACGAGGGGUUUAGAACUCGGAGGAUUUUUGCUUGCCUCCCACCACCGCGUCCGCUCGGGGUCCCGGACAAUCACCGUCUCGCGCAGUCGAGUCGAGUCAAGUCCAGUGGCUUCGAUUUGUUUUGGGAACCAUCAGAAGUAGCAGUUAGCUCGUAUCGAAGCAUAUCAGAGAGCAGUCGACGAAAUUUGGGCAGCGGCAGCGCGUCUCGGCGCACCGUGCACGCGUACUUGCUUGCGUGCGUGCGUGCAUCCAUCCAAGGGAUUUCACGUCCCACGCGCAGUGUCGGUGCUCGGGGACUCGAGAAGGCGCAGCUCGCGAGCGGAGUCCGGAGUCGGCGAAGGCGGCGAGGGGGUAGAAUUCCAGAUUUCUCGAGCGCCGUCGGGGGCAGCGUAGCGCUAGCCAUCCAGGGGGAGGAGCAUUGGGGGGGUGAGAAUUCAGGUCGCGGGCAGCGGGGCGAGGGCGAGGCGCGCCGAAUUGGGACAUGAGGGGGCGAUCAGGGGCGGAGCGGGGGCUCAGAGACAGCUAGAGGGCCGCAGUCUGCCGGCGCGCCUCAUACCCAUGAGAUGUGUCCCCCUUGGAGACUGAAGGAGGGUAGUAAAAUAUGCACUCUCUGUCCCUGCUGCAAACAACCCUCAAUCGCCACCACAACCCGUUCGUGUGCUCGCCGUUCCUCCUCCAUGAAAUGCUCAGUUCAGUCGAUGCAAAACUCUCGGCAGCAUUGGAGCCAGCGUCAGCGUCAGCAGCACGCGGAAGAGAUUCGCGCGCCCUGGACGGCAGCCCGCUGCGCGAGCUGAUCUUCGAGUGCGCGCAGGCGGUGGCGCGCCACGACCUGGACCGGUCGCUGGGAAUCCUGCGCUACCUGGCCAGCAAAGUGCCCGAGGCCGGCGACGCGGGCGAGCGCGUCGGGGCCUACUUCACGCGCGCGCUGGCCUGCCGGGUGGCGAAGCGCCUGGAGGCCGCGGGCGGCAACGGGCCGGAGGGCGAUCACUCGGAGCUGCUGGCCUCGCUGCGGAUCCCCGACGCGCCGUCGCAGGAGGAGAUUCACGCCGCCUACUUGGCGCUCAAUCGCGUCACGCCGUUCCUGCGCUUCGCCCACCUGACGGCCAAUCAGGCCAUCGUGGAGGAGAUGGAGGGCGAGGACAUAGUUCAUUUAGUGGAUUUCGAGAUUAUGCAGGGCGUGCAAUGGCCGCCCCUCAUGCAGGCGCUGGCCGAGCGGCCCGGCGGGCCGCCGCACCUGCGCCUGACAGGAAUUGGCUCGUCUCCGGACAUCCUUCGGCAGACGGGCAACCGGCUGGCGGAUUUCGCCCGCACCCUCAACCUGCCGUUCGAGUUCCUGCCGCUGGUGGCCGGCGGCAUCGAGCAGGUGAGCGUGGACAUGUUCAGCAAGCGCGAGGGCGAGGUGGUGGCGGUGAACUGCGUGCUGCAGCUGAACCGCUUCCUCGAGAAGGGCCCGGACUCGCUCAAGGCGUUCCUGGAGAUGAUCCAGACGCUGCGGCCCAAGGUGGUGACGCUGGCCGAGCGCGAGGCCAACCACAAUCAGCCGCAGUUCCUCGACAGAUUCGGCGAGGCCUACCGCCACUACGCCAUCAUUUUCGACUCGCUGGAGGCUACUCUUCCCCCGAGAAGUCCCGACCGCGUGACAGUCGAGGAAGUGUGGUUCGGCCGGGAGAUCGCCAACAUCGUCUCGUGCGAUGGCGCGGACUGGGUCGAGCGGCACGAGACGUUCGAGCAGUGGCGGGAGAUCAUGGAAAGCGCAGGAUUCCACUCGUUGCCCCCCAGCACCUUCGCCCUCGCCCAGGCCAAACUCUUACUUAGAUAUUAUCCCUCCGAGGGCUACCGGCUCUUUGAGAACGACGACUGUCUUUUGCUUGGCUGGCAGGACCACCCAUUAUUUACAGUCUCUUCAUGGCACUGAACGACGAUUACGACGACGACGACGACGACAUCGACAGUGGGGGCAUUGGCAUCCACUACCCCCCCUCUCUCUCUCUCCCGUCUCGGGGAUCAAUAUCCGAAGACGCAUUUCGCCGGAGCCUUCGAGUAUUGCUCUCCGAGCUGAGGAGCCCCUCAAUGUGCCGGUCUACACCUAAACCAGUCAGGUUGGCUUUUUUGCGAUUCAUGAGAGGCUAUCACAAGAGCCCAAGGAAACGCCAUGCACUCAAUAUGGCGAAAUUCUUCUUCAUUUCAGAUACAUGUGGGAUCUUGAUAAUCAGGCGGUACCCAACUAGCUCAUCAGAUUAAGGAAAAAGGUGGGUGUGCAUACGCUGUGGUUUUCAACACUCCCAUCUCAUACAGUAACAAGAUUACAUUGUUUUUCUCCUGGAUUGCAGGAUGCAUACAUAAAAGAGAGUUACUUUCUCUUUGUCGUCC